ACUUUAAAAUAUUCACAAAAUAUUAUCAUUUACCAAAUGCUGUGUGGGAUAUUAUAUCAUUGAAUUCAUAUAUAACAGCAUCCAUUAUACAGUCGUUCACUUGUAACCUACUGUACAGCAGAGUGACAUACACUUGCCCACAUUUCAUAUUUUUUUAAGAUUGAAAAAUAGCUGUUUUAUCCUUUUGUGUAUAAUUAGAUCUUAAACAUAAUACACUUUUUUUUUAUCAAUUUUAAGUUUUUACGAUAUGAAUUAAGAUUUCUACUUACGAUCCAGUAAUACGUGAUAUAUCGAAAUAUUUGCAUGUCCUGUUAAAAUUUAAAAUUUGGUUUUUCUAUUACUUUAGUAUUCUUAGAAGGUUAUUAACGAUUUAUAUGGAUAUUUAUAAUUGAUAUUUAAAUGCACUGUUUGUCGUUUUAAGAACUCGAAAACCCUGAAUUUAUAUACCUAGCAAUUACAAUGCAAAAUAAAAAUCAAAAGACAGAAUCCAGAAGAUGUGAAAAAUAUGCAAAAUACGAGUAUACAAAAUCGUCUUAUGCAGAGACAUAUGGAGUGUUACAAACCUUACGAGAAGAUGAGGUUUUUUGUGAUAUUAAACUAGAAACAGACGAUCACAAAAUAACUAUCGCUCAUAAAGUGGUUUUAGCAUCGGCUAGUCCAUAUUUCUAUGCCAUGUUCACAAAUUUUUCAGAAAAGAAUCAUUAUCUCGUUGUAAUGAGAGAGAUAGAUUCAACCGCUUUACAGUUGCUGGUAAAUUUUAUUUAUUUGGAGCAUAUCGUGGUCAUUGAAGAAAAC